UCGGCAGUACUCCGUUUAGCAGGCCAGGAACGAACCAUCAGCAAACAAAACAACGAACGAAAAAAAAAACCAGUUCCAACCGUUACCGGGCCAACGAGGGAGAAAAGAACCACCACCAGGGAAGUCCUCAACGUUACACCGUUACCCCGCACCGGGCGCACAACACUGUGUCGUGGUCGUCGUGCGACCGGUACAAAAGCAAAGCAGAAUGCAUGUAGUCGUCAGGUCAUCGCCGUCUACGACGGGUCAUCAUCAUCGCCGUUUGCCACAGUCCCGGCCGCGGAAGCAGCAGCAGUAGCGCGUGGCUCGUACAGCGCUUGAGAUUGUAGUGAAAUCAAUUUUUGUUUGUGAUCUCCGCUCGCUCGGCCCAAUCGGUGGGCCACCAGUAUCGCUUCGAUAGCUCGAUCGAACGUGUGUGCCGAACCAGCGUGCGGUACGAAUCAGCACGACCAGUGACGACCACGUGCGUGCGUGCUUGCGUGAUGAAUCUAGCAACACUGACGGCAGCGGUGGGUUUGAUGGUAUUGGUGGUGGCCCUAACACCCACAGUAGACGGCCAGACUUGUGAAGGGAAAUGUGUUCCGCUCAAAAACUGCCUCCGCCCGCUGACAGCCGAAGGAGAGGACGACGAUGCACCAGCACCGGAAGUUGACUUACGCAUCGGACAGGAGAAUUCGAACGUCGUGGGCAAUUGCUCGCACUAUCUCGACACCUGUUGCGCAUUUGAGGAUGUCGUUGAGGAGCCGGCAGCACACAGCACAACGCAGGAAGACGAAUUCGUACCGUGCGGACAGAGAAAUCAAAACGGCGUCGGCUUCCGCAUCGGUGCUGGAAAGGUGGAGGAAGCGGAGUUUGGUGAAUUCCCCUGGUCGUUACUGGUGCUGGAGAUGAAGGAGCUUUUCGACUCCGAGCUGAAGGAAGUGUACGCUUGCGUCGGCUCCCUGGUGGCACCGAAUGUAGCUCUCACGGUCGCACACUGUGUGAUUAACAAAACGUCCACCAGGCUGCUGGUGCGAGCCGGUGAAUGGGACACACGCACCGAAUCGGAAGUACUUCCCUAUCAGGACGCCCGCGUGAAGGAGGUGCUGAUACACGACCGCUACAACAAGCACCAUCACUUCGAUGUGGCCCUGCUGGUGCUCGUCCAACCGUUCCAGCCGGCGGAAAAUGUGCAAACCAUCUGUCUACCGCCACCAGGCGUACGGCCACCCGUCGGAUCGGAGUGUCUGACCGGCGGCUGGGGCAAGGAUCGGUUCGGCGUGAUGGGUGUUUACCAGCACAUCCUGAAGCGGGUCGAGCUGCCGAUCGUCGACUCGGCCCAGUGUCAGCAGGCGCUCCGAAAGACGCGCCUCGGUGCCGGAUACAAGCUGCACAGCUCGUUCCUGUGCGCCGGCGGCAAGAAGGAUGCGGACGUGUGCUCCGGUGAUGGCGGCGGAGCACUGGUGUGCCUGAUGCCCGGCUCCCAAACCAACUACUACCAGGCCGGUGUGGUGGCGUGGGGCAUCGGCUGUGGCGAUGAAAACAUUCCCGGCGUGUACGCGGACGUCGAGAGCUCAAGGGGCUGGAUCGUGGGCAAGCUGAAUGCGCUCAAGGUGGACCCGACCUACUACACGGCAGCCUGAGCCACUGUCUCCCUUCUUAAUUUAUCUAGCCCAUUGUCGUGCUGAAGAAGUUAAUAAACGUGCGCAUUAAUGUAUUAAUGUGAAGAAAGUCCCAA